CACAACUCUCACGACAAAAGACCUGCGUUGUUUUCUGAGUCGUUAGCAACGACAACUAAAAAAAUCCAUUUGUCUUUCAUAAAUUAAACAUAAUAAUGAGAAACCAUUUGGGCACGCAAAACCGAAGCCGAACUAUUUAAAAUAUUCAGUCAGGCGACUUAACGUCCCUGUUAAAAUUCCAUUAUCCCCCCGCCCUUCGUGCCCAGCAGAUGAAUGAUUUCUGCUUUUCGUGUUGGCAAAUUCUUCACUGUCAAAGACAAGGCUGCAUUCCUCAAGACUGGCCCGUGCUUGAAAGGAGAGCUCUCCUUAAGAAUGAUCACUGCUAAUGAGCGUUACUCCUGUAUGGGUCUCGUACAUGGCAGAGAAGCGGCUACUCAAAAGACGUUGAAAUCAAACUGUCUGACACAUGAAACAAUGGUCAGUUUUAUUUUUGUAAAGUACAAUGUCUUUUACAGCAUUCCGUUAUUAAGAUGCGAGGUGGUCACAUUCACGAAUACUCUCCUUUAUCCUAUAUAAGGUUUGAGAGUAGACGGUGCGUGUUGGGGUGGGGGGUAAACAUAUAUUUAGAGAAAAUGAGAAGCAGUUUUAUUCUAACAUCUUUUUUUUUUAAUGAAACUCUAGUUUUAAACACCAUAAUACUCUCCGCUUAUUAUGCCCCGGUUUAUAAUCUUAGGUCAAGGUUCUAUAUUAAAACAUUGGCUUGCUUUAAACCUGGCGAAAUAAAACUCAAAAAUUAAAAUCGGACUUUUACAGUAAAUGGAUGCAGAACAGCGCAUUCUGAACAUCACACGAUCUCAUUGGAGGACUAAUUCUCUUGAGCCUGGUGUUGAGAGGGCUGCUGUUAAUUGCGACAGAAAUAAAUGACAUUUUCCGCGCUGUAGCGAGUGUAGCUCGAGAGGAAAGAGGGAGAGACCCCCUUUUAAUUUCUAAAACUUGCGUUCGAAGCCUCUUUUUAUUUACAAAUGAACACAAAAAGCCCUGGAAUCCGUUUCCUUUCUGUGCAAUGGAUGUUUUUAACAAUUGUGACCUGUACUCAUCCCGACUGCUCUCUAGUCCUCCAUUUCCAAACACGAGCAGCCCUGUGCCUCGCUCGGAUGAAGACCGGUAACGACCACGCGUUGACGUCCGCCGACAACGACAGCACAGGCUGUCUGGUGGAGUGGGACGGCGUGAACUGCUGGCCAGCAGCUGCAGUAGGAGACAGAGUGACCAUGUCUUGUCCUGAGGUCCUGCGACCUCUCGGUGCACCCAAAGCUUCAAUCAGCAGAAACUGCACUAUUCGUGGAUGGAGUAAACCCAGCCUGCCUUAUUACCACGCCUGCCAGUUUGAAGACAAUGGUGAGGAAACGGAAGAUAAGAUUUCCUUACACUUAAAACAAGAAUACUUUGCUACUGUCAAGCUGCUAUACACGUUUGGAUAUGGAACUUCACUGACUGCUCUGGUCACUGCUGUCCUCAUAUUUUGUACAUUUAGGAAACUGCUGUGCAUGAGAACUUACAUCCAUAUCUGCCUGUUCUUGUCCUUCAUACUGCGGGGGGCUGCUGUGUUUGUGAAGGACGCUGUGCUGUUCGCAGACGAAGGCAUGGACCACUGCACCACCUCAACAGUGGCCUGUAAGAUGGUGGUCACAUUCUUACAGUACUGUGUCCUAGCCAAUUUCUUCUGGCUGCUGGUAGAGGGGAUGUAUCUGCAAACCCUGCUGGUAUUUACCUUCACUCUCGAGAGGAGGUUCUUUUGCUGGUACACUGCUAUAGGAUGGGGUUCUCCUAUGAUUUCAGUUUUAAUCUGGGUCCUUGCCAAAUCACAGUUCGACAACAACGGGUGCUGGGAUGACUUGGAGAGCUCCUUUUGGUGGAUUAUCAAAGCCCCUAUUCUCCUGUCGGUGUUUGUUAAUUUCAUAAUAUUUGUAAAUGUCAUCAGGAUAAUUCUUCAGAAAAUCAGGACCCCAGAAGUGGGCGUGUGUGACCGAUCACAGUACAUGAGGCUGGCCAGAUCCACGCUGCUGCUGACCCCUCUGUUGGGAGUCCACUACGUCGUGUUUGUCUUCUUCCCCGAGCACGUGGGAGAGAGGCUCCGACUGUACUUUGAACUUGUCCUGGGGUCUUUCCAGGGAUUUAUUGUUGCACUCCUGUACUGCUUCUUGAAUGGAGAGGUGCAAACUGAAAUUAAGAAGCAUGUGGGCAAGUGGCUGUCCACAGCUGAAAACAGCCCCUUUAACCCCAUCACCCAAGACUACACGGCCUGAGUGAGCUGUGCCAAAGACGACACAAGGUUCCCUUUUGAUGAGGCUGUGCUUGCAGUCUUCAAAAACUCAUUCAUUUCCAAUGCGUCCAGACUCUCACUAGAUUAAGGUGCAGUGAUAAACAGACACACUUCUGGGUGCUGUGUGCGACAUACACAAAUCCACUUUAAUAGAAUGCGUGACUUGCAGCAUGAAAAUCUGGUUGAAAGUGGAGUCCACUAUUAACUUAUCACUUUUUUCCUGUAAUAUGGAGCCAUUCCACUUUGCACUCUCAGUAAUGCAAAAAAAUAAUUUUUCAAUGAAGGUACUGUUGAGAACGUUCAUGCAAAUGCGACUAGUCUCUCAUGUUUGUGUCGGAGCAUCCUAAAUCUAGGAACCUUGAUCAUAUUCUCUAAAGCUUUUAAACUGUACAGGAUUGAUUCGACAGAGGUAACUUCGAAACAUGAACGCUAGGUGGGGCCAGUGGUAUGUGAAGCGAUGUACGGCCAUUUAAAUUUGUAUUCUGUCUAUAUACACACACGUGUUUAAAACACGCACAUGGAGAGUACUCAAUUGAGUGGUCCAAACUUCGUUAUGAAAGUACUGUUUGCAGAGAAGAUGGGGAAAAGAGUACAAUGGAAAACCUUUCAGAAUUAACUGCAGAAUUCUGGGGGGAUUUUAAAGAGGGAUUUUGAACAUUAGCCGGUGGUGAUAUGUCAAUACUGUAGCUGUCUAUUUACAUCUGUAAGUGUAGAUGUGCAUCUUUCUGCAGAACACUCCCAUCUAAAUUUAAUGGGAAUUAAGAACUAAAAACCACUGUUAUGUUGUAAUAAAUGUUUUCACAUGCAACUAGUAUUUUGUGGUUUCCUACGUGAUGGGUACGACUUGCUGGCGCGUCUUUCAUUCAACACGAUCCUGGAGAUUCUUAAGCAACAGCCCCGUGCUGUAAAAGGUUCACCCUGGUGACUAUGCAAUGAUACUCAUCCCUUCCAAGAAAUUGUCU